GUUUAAUUGGCCAAAUCAGACGUAAAACAAAACAAAUUUUAGUUAAAUCUAGUAAGUUUAAAUAAUAGGAUUGAAUAUAUAUAAGAUAUACAAUAUGUUGACUAUUGUAUUUUCUUUAAUGAAAUGUAUUUAAUAUUGUUCCUAUUUUCCCCUUUUACCAGUUUUCCCAUAUUUUCCCUGGUUUUUCACCAAUUAAAACAACUAAAAAUGUAAAACAAUGACCUCUUCUAAGUACCAUCUCAGUCAGAUUUCUUUUCAAAAAAGUGCUACUAUUGUAAAUUGGAGCGGAAUUACAGGUAGAAAAUUGGUUCAAAGAUAAAAAAAAAUGGACUUCAUUGUAAAAUCAUAAGGUUCUUCCUCUAUUUAGAAUCUAAAAUGUAGUACUCUAUUUAAUACUAUAGAACUUUUUUCAAAACGUUUACCAUGCAAACCGUUUAUAUACAUACUGCAUACUUAAUCAAUCCAUUUUUUAACGGAAAAAUUUCUAACAAAUCUAAAACCUUGCAUUAGAAUUUGUUUAAGUAUCAAGCUAGUCAGAUAAUAUAUUCGAUAUAAUUUUAUCGAUUUUACAAUAUUUCUAAUUCCCGUGUUUAGGUUUUGAAAUAGGAAAAUAAAGUAUAGAAAAAUGUUAUAAUGGUUUUCCAUUUGUAUAGCCACCUAAAACAACAUCCAGUAGUUGGAGUUAUGAUUGUUGAAUUCUUCUCCCUCCUGAUUUCAACGAGGUGUACGUUUGGGAUGUGGACAAAAUAAAAACUUUGUCGAUGGUUAAAUGAAAAAACGAUCCCUAAAACUCUCAUUAGCAUAGGAUACUAGAAAAAUUAUCCGCUGUCGUAAUUACGAUUUUCCAAAUUUUUUACUCCUGGCUCUGACGCGGUAGGCGUCUUAAGAUUGAAUCAAAUUCAUUAUAACCAAAAACAAAUGUAAAUAGUGAGUAUUUUACGUACGGUUAAACUAUAUUGUGUAUGUAUUUAUAAUUUUAGUUUUGACCUAAAAAGGUUGGGUAUCACUGUACACUGUAUUGAAUUGACGUAAUUUAUUUGUCCGUGAUGUCAUCCUUAGUAAUUCAGUAUACCAGUAAAUCGUAAGUAUCAUUUGAUUACAUUGAAUUCGAUACUGCAUUUCAUUUCGUGAUAGUGAUUACACGUAUUCAUAAGUACAAUUCUCGCAUACAGUUACAAUAGAAUAUAAUAAAUUUUUUUUCACCGGUCCUUCAAACAUGAACACCUGUUUCUACUUAAUGUUGGUGCAUUUGGUGUCAAUAAUAUGUAAGUGACAUUUUUUGAACUUUAAAAUUAUAUUUUACACAGAUUAUUGAUUAAUAUUAGACAAAUAUCUAAUGAAUAAGUGAUAUUAUAAUACGAUAAUAAUUGUCCAAACCAUACUUAAUGUGCUAAAGUUUCAAUACUUAUUUUUCGAGAGUUGGUACAAAUAAAGUUAAGUUUUAUAUGAUUUAAUGAUCAGCGGAGAGAAAAAAGGCAGAAGGCGUGAUAAGGUUUCCGAUGACGCAAACAUUUAUUUAGGCUGCAUAAGCGUUUCAUUAAAUGUUAUGGAUUAUAUUUUAAGUCGAUGCCUGAACAAUUAUAUUAAAAUAGUCGGUAUUAUCGUAUAUUUAAUAGUAUCUAUACACCAGUCCCUUGCCUUUGACGGUUGGCAUGCGCAUUUAGCUUAACGGCCACAUGCGUGUACGUCAUGGCUCUCGUUCACUAUAAAAACACCGUGAUUUGCAAAUCCUGAACAGUGAGACCUUAUCGUGGGAACAAGAGUUAUGAGUCCAUCGUGGGAAUCACCCGGUCUUUCAUUGAGGCUAAGUGACUCAAUGGCACAGUCUUUGUAUAUCGCGCUCAUUCGUAUGUAAGAGCUGCUCCACGAUUCACCCAGACUAUCUACUUUAAUAGACACACACACUGGACUUAUAUACCACGUACUAACUAUAUUAUACAAUAUUAAUUCCAUACCUAUCAUUCUUCUUAAAACGCUUAAACUUUCAAACAUUACCUAAGUGACCGACUCCGACUUAGAUGACUCUCAUUCCCUGACAUUACACCACACACUUUUUGCCCAUUGGAACACGAUGACGUGACCAACGAGUCUGUGUAAGAAUACACAGACGCUCUUAUAUGAGAACAUAUGAGAACGUCCCGUGGGACAACUAUCACAUCUAGAUUUAUGCGUCCCACGGGAUAGAUUAAUUUGGUAUAAGCUCCUAACCACACGGAACACAUCUGUUCGGCUAGGAUGACAAGGCGAUGCUGAGCACGGCCUCUUGAUUUUUAGGAAAUUCAUAUGUCAUAUACAAUUUAUGAGCGGUAUUCAUGUCCCAGCAUGGAGGAAGAGCCUGCGGAUGGCGAUUCCAUUCACAUCGUGAGCAAAUUUCGCAUGCACAUUUCACUUUCGAUGACCUCACAACUUGAGGACUUGAGUCUAGUUGUUGAACAACAACUAAACUAGUGUGUUAAUAUUGUAUUAAAAUAAUCGAUAAUAUCGAUCAUUUAAUCUACACACUAGUGUCUCUCGUUUUUAUUGUCCUAAAUUAUCUUUUAGAUUUCCAAAAUCUUAUACCUCCUAUUAAUAAUUAAAAGUAUGAAGCAAUAGUUAAAAGCAAUAGUUCAUCUAUUGCUUUUGAUUUUAAGUAUGGUAAAUUUGCACAUUUACAAUUUUUCUGGCUGAACUGUCUGGCAUUGCCAGUGCCAAACACAUAUGUAAUAAAAUCAAUCCCAGUCUAAACUAUUCUAGGUAAGAUCCACUUCUUUUACUAAUCAGAUCAAAUAGUUCAAUAGUUCUAAAACCUUCUAAAAAUCUUCUAAACCUCGUAAAAUUGGUCGAACAGUUUUUGAGUCCUUAAAGGAUAUACAGACAGAAUAAUAUUUAUUUUAUUCAAUUUCAUCAUCGCAAUAUUAUCACCGCGCAGUACCUAAAUUUCUCACUAGGGAAGAAUUUCCCCUUCACUCACCGUUAGGAAACACUGAUCGAUACUUUUGAUUACCUGUUCAUUUAUUGAUUAUAUUAAUUAAUCAAUUAUUAAAUAACAAUGAAUGACUAUCGAGUAUUACGAAUAAUUAUUUGUUUAUGUACCUUUUAAAUAGAAUUUGAAUGUUUAAAUAAUUAUAUAAUCGAUUUAAAUAUGUUUUUCGUAUGGGUGAUCAAAAUAAUCCAGAUACAAGUAAUGAAGACAUUAAAAUAACAGCAACCAAUCUCUCUACAAUACAAAGGGUCAGGUGGUUAUCUGAAAACCAUAGCGCACAGAAAGAAGACUUAGAAGUUAAUCAAAAAAAUUCAUUAAAACCUUAUUUUGAAAAAACAAAAUCAAUGUUGCAGCGUUUACCUAGCAUAGCCAGAGGUCUGGGCAGAGCAGUAGUCUCAAACCUAUCUCCAGACGUAGCCCCAAAUCUACAUACAGACGUACCCAUGAGAUGGCGAAUAAUGUUGAAUUUUCUUACCGAACUAAACAAUGUAAACGCUUUUGUUUUGUUAAAAGUAAAGUCAAUAAUAUUGUAAAUAAUUUUAAAAUUUAUAACACAGCAAUUACAGAGACAGAAAGGUAAUAUUUUAGUUAGUACAUUAUAAUUAUUAUUAGUCAGAGUUACUAUAAAUUAGAUAAAGUUUAUUGUUUAAUCUACUGUGAAAUAUUCAAUAAGAACAUACGUGAUUAGGACAGGGUAACCCGUUUACUAAUCGAAAAAUCAUAGUAUUAAACUAAAUAAAUGAUGCAAAGAAUUUUUAACAGUAUGGUACACUGAUAUCGUGUUUAGCAUGGAAUGAGAUAGUUAAAUGUGCAAGGACUGCUACUGCUAUGGUGAGAGCCGAGAGCCGCGAAUGUGUAUAUGGAAACGUUUCGCAAAUAUUUCCUAUGUUAUAAAAAAAAAAAUCCAAUAACUUGUUUUAAAGUUACUUAUAAUUGAAUUUGUUGUGACAUUUUUAACCAUAACACUAAUGCUAUUAUACCAUAUUUCAGACAUAUAUUAUGCUUACGAAUGUUGUUGAAAUAAUUAUCUAUUUCUAUUAUAACCCCCCCCCCCACAUGUGUUUUGUAUGCCAACGUGUUUUCACCACAAACUUAAAUAAUAUGGACUAACAACAGUAGAAAUUUCAUUCGAGAUAUUGUUGCCUUCGACGUCAUUGUUAAUAUAUUUUAAUAUAAUGUAUUCUGAAAAAAAAAAAAAAAAUGUUCUUUAGUUGAUGUACAAGAUAGUGAUUGUUUGAUUUUCGUUGUAAUCUUCAUAAUACUUUUUUAAAAUCCGGGAACAAUAGAAAACAAAUGGGAAAGUUUACAGAAAUUAUAAAGCUAAUCAAUUUUCACAAAAUACAGAAAUUAACAUUUUCUACACACAUGUUCCGAACAUUCUGGCGAUAUUUGGGUUAUUUAUGGGUAUUUGAAAUUUGAAAUUUUUUUUUUUUUUGUUUUUAUGUGAUAAUUAUUUUGUAUAAAUAUAAUUAUGUGUAUAAAGUUGUCUAAAUAAGUUAAGAUUCUUGAAAACUUAACACGAGGAUUUUUUUAUGUUUAACUUAAUGGUUAUAAAGAGUCAAACGUAAUGUAAGUUAUGUAAUUAGUUUUUAAGCAUUUUAGGAUAAAAUAUUGGCCAUAAACGUAACAAGACUGUAUUUAAAAGCACUUAUAACGGAAUAUUGCUCAGAUAAAUUUUUAUUUCGCUAUGUUUCUUUCCAAUAUACACUACCCGUCACUAGUAUUUGCUCUUUGUUUUACAUUUAAAAGUUUAUUACAACUUAUUCACUGAUUUAAACGGCAAUAUUAUUGGGUUGUUAAAUUCAAAAAUCAGUACUUAAAAUAUUUUUGUUUCUCAUUUACGCACAGGAUGUAUCAAUUUAAUAUACUGUAAAGUUUUGUACCUACUGGAAAUUAUUGUAUAUUCACUGUCUAUAUAUAAAGCUAUGACUAAACAUGACUAUUUGUAAUUUUCAACGUCUAGUACCUUCUUCAUUCAAGAAAGGUGUGGAUAUGUAUACACUCAAAUUUAAGUUUGACAAUGAACUAUUUGAGACAAAACAUUAUGAAUUUAAGGCUGUACGUGAUAGAUAUAUAGCAAAGCAUUUACCUAUCGCUGAGGAGGAUGAAUCAGACAAAGAAAAGUAUGUUGAAAGAACAUAUAACUUAAUAUUAUGCAUAAUACAUAUAUUAUGAUACAUGAUUUAUAUGUGAAAUAUUAUAUUCUAAGUGUAGCGAAGGAGCUUUUAGUUUUACAAUACUGUUUUUUUAUUUUUAUAUUCCGAGUGUAGCGAGGAAUUUAUUGGUUUUACUAAGAUCAAAAUUAUCGGAUGACUUCUUUCAUUUAAUAUUGUUUUGAAAUCAAAUUUAAACAAAAAUCGCAGAAAAAUACAGCACUUCAAAUUAUGUAUUACCGAACUACGACCGGAAUUGUUUUUCGUCAAGUAAAGGCAUAUCGUUGAUUACAGAUAUCAAUGAAAUAACCUUAUGUACCCUACCUUCCCAACUUCUCACCUAUAACUGUGUCUGCUCCAUUUCACAGUAUCAGCUCUAUUUUAUUUUAAGUUGUUUUACGUUAUGAGUUUUGUAGUGCCCUACACUUAUAAUCGACAAUUGUAGGGAAAUCCGUUUUUUUAAAAUUAAGCAAUAGUUAUCAAGUAUUACACUGAAAGUAGUAAUCAUUUACAACUCUUAGACUUCAGUUAAUAUUUAUUUUAUCAUCUACUUCUACAUGGAUUUAAGAAUAUUCGUCUAAUAAUAAUAACAUAAAAUAUACUAUAGCUAAUAACUAUAAUUACUAAUAGCAUAUUUGUUAUAAUAAUUAUUAUUAUUAUUAUUAUUAUUAUUAUGUGUAUAUACCUAUAGUAUAAACCCAAUGUUGCCAUACUGGGGAAACAUAACACCAAUAACUACCGAAAACCAAUUCAUACAACGUGCAACUAAUAAACACUUUUUUCCUUACCACGUAAGUUCGUUAAUACCAUGAGUAUAAAAAUAAUAAUACUGCUAAUGAGUUACAAAUACAUUUUUUGACAGGUGGUAAUAGCGGCAUCAAUUGAUGAACGAGACAAAUGGUGCCAAGGUGCGUUAAUCAGAUCAAACUGGAUAAUUACUUCUAGAUCUUGCCUUAAAAAGUAAUUAUUUUAUUUAUAAUAAUAUAAUUACAAUGCAGUUUAUUAUUUUUUAAUCUGUUCAAUAGCAUUUUACAUUUCCGCGACAAGCCGGUAUUAUUACUUUAUGAAAAUGUGUAUUUUUGUCUUCAUAUUUGAGGUUAGUAAAAUGCCACAUUUUUUAAGGAGUACACAUAGGCAUUUACUUUAAAUGAUGCAGAAAUUCUGUCCGAUAAUACCGUAUACGCAAUGUUGUUUAGUUCAUCUUAUUUAAACCUGAAACAACCAAUUCCUCAUAAUAAGGACUGUGAUAAUUUAUCGGUAUGCUUACAACAAUAAAUGUAGUAGGUAUUUACUAAUAAAUAUAAUACAAUUACUAUAUUUUACCUUCUCACCUUUCCACGAGAAUAUGUGGACUACACAUGGAGCAGAGUAAGUAUAUAUAAUAUGGAUGCUGGCUUAAAGAAUAAUAUUUUUAACAAAUCAUUUAGAAAAAAUUAAGAGGAUUUACGGUAGUAGCUUGUAGUUUAAUUUAUUCGUACAUAUCUAAAUGUAUUUUAAUUUAUACUCAGGCACUUUGAUGUUGAAUCCAUGAAACCUGUGAGAGUAUUUUUGGAUGCAAUAAAUCAUAAGAGUUCUAAAAGUAUAUUUUAUUCUGAUGUAGUAUUAAGCGACCAUAUAACAGUUGGCCCGAUCUUGUUCGAACCGGAUCCAUUUGGUCUUAACGAUUUGACGUUAUUGAAGGCAAGUGUUAAGAAGUACAUAUUUAAUAUUUGUUUAAGUUUUAAAGGGCCAGGCGAUAAUAAGUAUUUUAGCAACAUUUAUUCGUCAACAAUGAUAUUUAUAAGAAAAAAUAGAAAAAAAAUAACAUACAAUUUACAAUCAAUAAAAUACUCAUUGCUAUGUAUUAACAAGUAUAGGAUAACAAUACAUUUUGAAAGAGUUAUAAUUCAGUGGUUAGAACAAAUCGAUUUUAAUGUUUUCAUAGUUUUUAUUUUUCUAUUGGUGAGGUGGGAGUGCAUUACUUGCAUAAUCGGGUACAUCAGUACCCGAUUGAAUUAUUAAUUAUAUGGAUCAUUAAAUUCAGAAAAAUGUCGACGAAUAUAACCUAGGAUUUUGUUUGAUCUAUUAGAAAUGUUGUUGAUAUGACAUGCAAUAUUAGAUUUAGGAUCAGAAAAUAAUAGGCCCAUAGUUCAAUGUAUCAUUUCAUCAUACAAAUUUCAAUCAAAUGAUGAGACUAUUUAAGCUUUUAAAAAUCUCAUUAUCUGGUAUUUAUUUCUAUUAAGAAUGAAAUUAUUUUUUUUUACACCAUUCAUAAGGAGAUUUUAAAUCAGAUUGAAGUAAAUCAGCUUCUACUUGGUUUUUCAAUAUACGGAAUUUAAUUAUAUCAUAUACACAUACAAAUCUUUGUUUUCAACGUCUUCAUGAACGGCUUUUUUCAAAGUGACAUUCUCUAAUUAUUAUUUCCUAAAUCUACGAAAUAUUUUUAAAUAUGAUUAUUAAUUAUACACGUUCAGUAAAAUGUCACAUUGGGAAUAUAAAUAUAUAAUAAUGUAACAUAGGUUUCGUUUUUCAUUCUUUUCAUAAAUCUUAACUUUUCAUGUUUAUUAGAAUCAAGGCGUUGAUCUUGACGUUUAUUUCUUUUAUAUUUUUUACUGUUGUAGUCUCAACGCUUGCUGAGCUAUAUUACAUAACUAAACUAUAUCCGGAAAAGUAUUCAACAGAAAUUACUAUGUUUCGAUUUCCGUGAUAUUUUGAGUACCCAUCGGCAACCUAGUCUCGGGUUUGGUUACCUCUUUCGUAUCGUUAGGUGUUAAUAUUAAAGCUGAUUCCAAGGAGUCACGGAGUCGAGUGCAUAAAUCGGUCAUUAGAGUCGAUUUUCCUCCCUUUGUUUUUUAUUUUCAUACAGAAACAUUCUUUACAAAACAAUAAAUAGAACACAACACACUAAUAGAACAAUACUAUACUAGAGAUUAAGGUUUAAAGUCGAAUCCAUCGAAGGGCAUUUCCUUGAUAUUAUUCAGUAAUGAGUAAUGGCAUAUACAUAAAACAAAACUUCUCUUAUACUCGAUAGUUUUUUUUUUGGGUAAAGCUUGAAUUUUUAAUGAAAAAUUUAAUUUUCUGAAAUUUGGAUAAAUUUUAGAAAUAAUCAAUUAUUUUUUCAAUCUAUGAACCCAACCUUUAAGUACAUAAAACAUCAGACAAAUUCGAUUGGCUAUUUAUCACCGACACGAAUAUAAUCGGAACCUAAAAUAACCAAUAUAUUUUACUGAAUAUACAUCAUCGAAUAUAUACAAAUAUAGUUAUAAUGUCAUAAAUAAGUUAUUUUCAAAAAGAAAGUCCGUAAUAGCUAAAUUAAAAACUAUGUAUAGGAUUUGCCCAGGGCUUAUUGAUGCCAAAUAAAAUUUACAUAAAAAUCUUUCCCUACCUGUUGAUAAUUUCGAAAUAUAUUUUAAAAUUAUAACUUUUAAUAAUUUUGUUAAUAUAUUAUAGCUGGUUACCGUGCCCAAAACCACAGAAGUUCCCGCCGUAGCUCUUGAAAUACUAGCGAAUGAUAUUGAGGAGGAGGUAUAUUGUUUCGCUGUUACCCGUUGUUCGGUGAGCAAAACAAGCUCUAGAAUAGAAUACAAUAUCUAACAAGUUAUUAUUUUUUUCGUUUAUGAAUGAAAACAAACAAAUUGUUUUUAUCAAUCUGAUUUUUUUUCCAAUCAACAAUUAUAAAGGUCUGCACAUUGAUAUGUUUUUCAGGAUGGCGUUGUGCGUGGUUUGUUAUAUGAACUGACAGACCAAGCAACUGAAAUGAACUUAAAGGUAAUAUUCUAAACUAUGUCAUUUUUAAAAAACAAUUUCCUUUAUAAGAUGUUUCUUAAAGCAUCCUCUUGUAGUUACUAUAAAAUGCUUCAUUCUAGAAUGCUUUGUCUUCCUUUUAAAUAAAACAGUAAAUAAAGAGUUGUGAUAUUAAUUUAUUCUCUACAUUGCAUACCCGAGGUCGGACCAUGAAUUAAAUUGGUCAGGGAGCGAAGUAACCAGAAGACAGCUAAUUCUGUAAUCAAAUAACAUAUUAUAAUCCAGCGAAUUUUUUAAAUUACGUAAACAAAAUAUAUUUAUAUUAUAAUUAUAAUACGAUUUAUGUAUUAUGGUUUUCAAUGUUUUUUUGUCCAAGGAACUGUAUCCUAUCCCUUUACACGUAUAACGAUCGCGAACUCUGCCAAAGUUUGGUAUCACUGAAGAAAGAUGUCAGUCAUGAAAUUUUUUGAAGGUUUUUAGGUUUUAAUAAAUUAUGGAGAAUAAGAUAAAAUGUCAACAUUGAUUAUAAAUUGCUUAUCUUAAAAUUUUCAUGGAUCGAUAAUAAUAAUAUGUAUAUUAUAAUUAGUGUAACUAUAAUUCAGAACAAUAUUUUUUUUUUUUUUUGGAAUAAUAAAAUGAUAAUUUUAUAUCUAGUUUAUGAAACCAGGAUCUAUCAUUGAAUGUGAUAACCAGUUGUUGAGCAUCAAAACCAACGGUACUUCGUUCUACCCUCUUAUCAGCGCGUUGAAUUGGAUAGACAAAAGUAUUCGGGAUGGAGAUAGUGAUACGUAAGUUAGCAUUUACUGAAAAAUUAUAUUAAUUCUGAAUUUGUUUUUUUUUUUUAAUGAUUUUUGUUUCAGGACUUUUCAAAUUGACCUACGUUAAGACAUACUUGAACAUUAUUUCACAAAAAUCGUUCACCAGAGUUCAUAUUAACAGUUAAAUUGAACAUGUUGAAUUUAAGUCAAAUUAUUCUUUGUAUUAUUAUAGAGUUAAAACUUAUAAUUGUUGUAUACAUGAGAUAAAAUCGUUUAGUUUUUCAUAGUGUAAUUUUGUUUUUAACUUGAUAUUAUAUGGCCAAAAAUUGUAUUGUAGACGUAUAAAUAUUAUAUAUUAUGCUACCCUUAAUCUCUGG